GAAUGUUCUCCAUAUGCAGCUCACUUGUAUGAUGCUGAGGAUCCCUCCACCCCCAUGCGGACGAUACCAGGACUUUGCCAGGACUAUUGCCGGCAAGUGUGGCAAAAAUGCCGCUCCAUUUUUCGCCAUCUCUCUGCAGACCAGGAGUUAAUUGCACUGGAGAACAACAUGGCAAAAUUCUGCCGCUACCUGUCCUUGGAGGACACAGACUACUGCUUUCCACACCUUCUGGAGAACCAGCACCUUAACCAAAACCUGGGGUUGGUGACCGCCGACGCCGAGGGCUGUCUCCAGCUCUGCCUCGUGGAGGUCGCCAACGGGCUGCGCAAUCCCGUUGCGAUGGUGCACGCCAACGAUGGCACCCACAGGUUCUUCAUUGCGGAGCAGGUUGGCCUGGUGUGGACCUACCUCCCCGACCGUUCCAGGCUGGAAAAGCCAUUUCUGAACAUCAGCGAAGCUGUACUUACCUCACCUUGGGAAGGAGACGAGAGGGGUUUUCUAGGUAUUGUCUUCCAUCCUAAAUUCAAAUUUAAUGGUAAAGUUUAUGUCUACUAUUCAAUUGAAGUUCAUUAUGAAGAGAGAAUCCGAAUCAGUGAGUUCAGAAUUUCUCCUGCUGACAUGAAUGCUUUGGACCAUGGUUCUGAAAGGAUAAUCCUGGAAAUAGAAGAACCUGCUUCCAACCAUAAUGGAGGAGAGCUGCUCUUUGGAGAUGACGGGUAUCUCUAUAUAUUUACCGGUGACGGUGGCAUGGCUGGGGAUCCUUUUGGGACCUUUGGAAAUGCCCAGAACAAAUCAACCCUGCUGGGCAAAGUGCUGCGGAUUGAUGUGAACAACAACGACCGUGGGCCUCUGUACCGAAUCCCUCCCGACAACCCUUUCCUCAACGACCCCGAGGCUCGCCCCGAAGUCUACGCCUACGGAGUGAGAAAUAUGUGGCGCUGCUCUUUCGACAGGGGCGAACCUCAAACCAAGGAAGGGAAAGGGCGGCUCUUCUGUGGAGAUGUGGGGCAGAAUAAAUACGAAGAAAUCGACAUUGUUGAGAAAGGGAAAAACUAUGGCUGGAGGGCGAGGGAAGGCUUCAGCUGUUAUGAUAAAAAACUUUGCACCAAUUCUUCAAUGGAUGAUGUGCUUCCAAUUUAUGCAUAUCCACACAAAAUGGGGAAAUCUGUUACGGGAGGCUACGUCUAUCGGGGCUGUGAGUCUCCAAACUUGAAUGGCCUGUACAUAUUUGGUGAUUUUAUGAGUGGGCGCCUGAUGUCUUUGAAGGAGGAUCAUGCUACUGGAGAAUGGCAGUACAGUGAGAUCUGCAUGGGGACAGGACAAACAUGCAUGUUCCCUGGACUUAUCAAUAACUAUUACCAAUACAUCAUCUCCUUUGCUGAAGAUGAAGCAGGGGAACUUUACUUCAUGUCUACUGGCAUACCAAGUGCCACAGCUCCCCAUGGAGUGGUGUACAAAGUGGUGGAUGCCUCCAGGAGAGCACCACCAGGAAAAUGCCGAGUGGAGCCAUUGCCAGUGAAAGUAAAAAGCAAGCUCAUCCAGUUCGUGCCAAAGGAGCAGCUUAUUGUGAAAACAACAACGCCACGUCCCCGUUUGAAGACCACGACUGAGGCCCCACGCAGAGGCAGGACAGUCCCUGAGAGUCCUCACAUGCCGGCUGUGGACUGGGGUGGCCAAGCCCCACCAGCACCAGGGAACCGAAGCAGGACACCCACCACCCCAGCACCGCGCGGCCGGGCCCCCAAGCCCAGGAAAGGCGGAGAGAGGAGGAAGCAGCGCAGGAAGAAGAAACCCCCCAGCACAGCCCCGCCGCUGCGGAAUGGGGCCGUGCGGCUGAUGGAGCAGCAGGGCCACGGCCAGAGCCAGGGCCGGGUGGAGGUUUACAUCGACGGCGAGUGGGGCACGGUGUGCGACGAUGGCUGGUGCCGCCAGCUGGGCUUCCCCUUUGUGGUGCGAGCCAGCAAGAAGGCAGAAUUUGGGGAAGGGACCUCCCUUCGCAUCCUCCUGGACGAUGUCCAGUGCUUCGGGCAGGAGAAGACACUGCUGGAGUGUGCCCAUGCUGACAUUGGCACACACAACUGCUCCCAUGAGGAGGACGCUGGUGUGGUGUGCAGCCGGGAGGAGGUGGCAGAGUGGUGA